AUGGACAACAAUUACUUCGCACAAUCAGGACUUCUUUGGACGCCUGCUCAGCCUCGCAGAAGCGCUGUUGAAGUCUUGCGCAGAGAGAUCAACAGAAAGUAUGGAUUGCAAUUGAAGGAUUACUAUGAUUUGCACGAGUACUCCAUUGAGAACGAUAUGUUCUGGGUCGAUCUCUGGGAGUUUCUUGGUAUCAUAUCGUCCGUUCCUCCUCGUAAGGAUCAGAUCUUGGAGCCUGGACCACUACUACCGGAAAUUCCAUCCUGGUUUCCUGGUGUCCGUCUGAACUACGCCGAGAACUUGCUCUACCGAAGGGACGAUGGGAUCGCUCUCACUGAAACAGGGGAAUCUGGCGUCGUCACUCACGUCACCUUCAGGGAACUUCAUGAACGUGUACGCGUCAUGGCGGCCGCCCUACGAGUGAAUGGGUUGAAAGUCGGCGAUCGCGUGGCAGCUAUUGUAACAAAUACUAGCAAUACCGUAAUCAUAGCGCUUGCGACCGCCAGCAUUGGUGGUAUAUUCUCAAGCACAGCGACUGACAUGGGAACUCAAGGUGUCCUUGACAGGUACCGCCAAAUCCGACCCAAGUUUGUGUUCGCCGAGACGGAGGUCUUGUAUGCUGGGAAACGAGUCGAUCUCGUACCCAAAAUUCAGGAAGUUGUUAAAGAUCUUUCGACGCAAGGAAUGAAACGCGCGAUUCUUUUGCCCAGUCGUAUCUCCGGGCGCGAGCUGCUUAUUCUAGACAUGUCAAAGAGCUCAACCCUGGCCGACUUCUUGAAGGUCGACGAUUGUCGCGCACUCUCUUUUGAGCAGCUGCCUUUUGGUCAGCCUUUGUACAUUCUCUAUAGCUCUGGCACUUCAGGAAAGCCGAAAUGCAUCGUGCAUUCUGCUGGAGGAAUCCUUCUGAAUACCAAGAAGAACGUUCGACUCGGCUUUAAUGCCUCCCCGGAUGAGAUUUACUUCCAAUACACGACAACAGGUUGGAUGAUGUGGACUUUCAUGCUUACGGCGCUUUCCUGUGGGACACGUCUGAUUCUUUACGACGGUUCUCCAUUCCACCCAGACGUGAGGACCUAUCUCAAAUUUAUUAGCGAUCAAGGCGUGACUGCAUGGGGAACGAGUCCGCGUUUCAUGGCCGAAGUUCAAGGACGUGGAAUCAAACCAUUGGAGUUGGCUUCCUUCGAGGCACUGUCCAGUCUGACAGUUACCGGCGCCGUUGUUACUUCUCCAAUGUUUGAAUGGAUUCAAGAAGCAUUUGGAAAGCACGUCCAUAUCGCUUCGACUAGCGGAGGGACAGAUAUUUGUUCUGCAUUCGUGACUGGCACUUGCAGCUUGCCCGUUUAUGCCGGCGAAAUACAAGUCAAGGAGCUUGGCAUGAAAGUGGAGGUUUGGGAUACUGCUGGAAAUAACAUCGAACAUACCGGUCAACCUGGCGAGCUUGUCUGCACCCGUCCCCACCCUUCUCUUCCAAUCAAGUUCUGGGGAGACGAAAGCGGCGCCAAGCUCAAAGAUGCCUACUUCAGUACCUAUCCUGGCGUUUGGAGGCAAGGAGACUUCAUGGUCGUCAACCCGAUUACCAAGGGAAUCCAAAUCCUUGGGCGAAGUGAUGGCGUCCUCAAUCCAAGUGGCGUUCGCUUCGGUUCUGGUGAAAUAUAUGCGGUCAUGGAACAAUUUUCGGAAAGUCUUGAUGACUCACUCUGUAUCGGCCAACGGCGACCCCAGGAUAAGGAUGAGCGUGUCCUGCUUUUCCUGAAGAUGCGCGCGGGCCACCAGUUCACGCCUGACCUUGUUGCGAGAAUCAAGGAUGCAAUCAGGAAAGGACUCAGCGCUCGGCACGUCCCGGCGUACAUUUUCGAAGUCACGGAUAUUCCGUAUACCGUGAACGGCAAGAAAAUCGAAAUAGCCGUCAAACAGAUCGUUUCUGGGUCUAAUAUGCAACCCAGUGGCACGGUAGCGAACCCGGAGUCCCUCCAAUUUUACUACAAGUACAGGGAUCUGGAGAGUGUUGUCGGUGGAACAAAGGCAAAGCUGUAG